GCCAGCGGGGCGAGCUUCGGGAACGCGCCUGGGUGCCAGGGUACGCGCUUCCGUCCUCCCGGCUCAGCCCUCAAGAUGGCCGGGAUUCCUCUCUACUUUGUGGACCUACAAGAUGAUCUGGACGACUUUGGCUUCGAGGAUUAUGGACCAGACUGUGAAAGCAUGAGGAUAAGUGCUUUCCUGGACAUUCCCGGGCAGGACAACCUGACACCCCUGGCGCGACUGGAAAAAUACGCCUUUAGCGAUAAUAUAUUCAACAGGCAGAUCAUCGCCCGCGGCUUGCUGGAUGUGCUGAGAGAUUUCAGCAGUACAGAAGAUGAUUUUCUCACGGUCAUGGAGAUCGUUGUUCGCCUGUCAGAAGACUCAGAGCCCACUGUGCGCACUGAGCUGAUGGAGCAGAUACCGCAAAUCACACUUUUCCUGCAGGAGAGCCGACCUCAGUUUCCACGGGCCUUUUCCGAAUACUUACUGCCCAUCAUAAUCCGUUAUCUCACAGAUCCCAAUAACCAGGUGAGGAAGGCAAGCCAGGAAGCUCUGCUGAUUCUGCUGGAGCAAGACUUGAUCGACCAGAGUGACCUCGAGAACAAAGUGUGCCCUAUACUGCUGGAUCUCUCUGCUCCAGAGAAUGACGACGAAUACAAAGUGGAAGCUGUGAAUAUUAUCUGUAAAAUGAUUUCCAUGCUCGGCAGACAGACAGCUGAACAGAUGUUACUGCCGCGAUUCUGCGACCUCUGCAGCGACAGCAAGCUCUUCCAAGUCCGGAAGGUGUGUGCAGCAAACUUUGGUGACGUGUGCAAUGCGGUUGGCCAAGAAUCUACUGAGAAAUUUUUGAUUCCCAAGUUUCUGGAGUUGUGCUCCGACAGUGCUUGGGGGAUGCGUAAAGUUUGUGCCGAGUGCUUCAUGGCCGUGUCAUACACAACUUCCAGCGAGGUGCGACGGAUCAAGCUUUCCCCUCUCUUCAUAAACCUUAUCAGUGACCCCUGCCGAUGGGUACGACAGACUGCCUUCCAGUCUUUGGGUCCUUUCAUUUCCACCUUCGCCAACCCAUCCACAGCAGGAUUAUACGUGAAGGAGGAUGGGACACUGAGUAUCCGACCUCCUGCAGAGGACAUUCGGGACAGCAUAUAUUCUAGCUCUGGAAAGUGUUUGAACACAAUACCCAGCCAGACCUACGGCAGCAGGGACCCACAGGCAUCUCCCAGAAAUAGUAGCACAAGCAUCUACACACUAGAAGAUGAUGGAAACCCCAGCAGAAGAUCUCCAGGCGGCAGUGUCUCUGGAGAGGGGCGCCCACCUGACGCUUUUAACUCUUUCCUGUUUUGGAGGAGCCCCCUGCCUGACAUCACUGAGGAACUGGAUCUGCUGCCUGUAGAAUCACCAUUGGAACCAGAACCCAGCACUGUUCCUAAAGCGUGUCUGGCCAGCAAGGACAUAGAGCAAGUGCUGCAGAGUUUACAGGAGCACAUGGAUGAUCCUGAUAUACAAGCCCAGGUUGAGGUUCUGUCUGCAGCGUUGCGGGUGGCCAAGCUCGACUCUUCACCCCAAGAGGAGAACAAACAGCCAUCUGAGGAGCCUACACCUACCCCCUGCACUGCACAUCCAAAUACAGAGGAAGAGGGCAAGUCAGAACUGACAGUCACCUCGGAAGACCUAAUGCAGGAAAAUGAGGCUCCGGUUCCUAGUGACUCUAUACAGGAAGAGGAUGACACACUGAACCAGGAAGAGGAGAAGUGUAAAGUGCAGGAUGUUGUACCACAGCUGCUGCUUGACCAGUACCUCUCCAUGACCGACCCUGUCCGGGCCCAGACGGUGGAUACAGAAAUCACUAAACACUGUGCUUACAGCCUGCCCGGGGUGGCCCUGACACUGGGGAGACAGAACUGGCAUUUUCUUAAAGACACCUAUGAGACACUUGCAGCUGAUGUCCAGUGGAAGGUACGACGAACGCUUGCAUUUUCCAUCCAUGAACUGGCAGUCAUUCUCGGGGAUAAGCUUACAGCCGCUGAUCUGGUGCCCAUUUUCAACGGCUUCCUGAAGGACUUGGAUGAAGUGCGCAUCGGUGUUUUAAAGCAUCUGUAUGACUUUCUUAAGCUCCUCCAUGCAGACAUGAGGCGGGAGUACCUCUACCAACUACAGGAGUUCCUGACCACAGACAACAUACGCAACUGGAGGUUCCGAUAUGAAUUAGCAGAGCAGCUGAUCCUCAUUCUAGAACUAUACAGUCCCAAAGACAUCUACGACUAUUUGCGAGUCCUAGCGCUGUCGCUGUGCUCCGACAAAGUAUCCGAGGUCAGGUGGAUCUCUUUUAAACUGAUUGUGGCAAUAUUGCGCAAGUUCUAUUCUAAUGGGGAGACGGAAUUAGGCAUCAACUUCAUCAACGAGCUCAUCGUACAGUUCCGACACUCCAACAAAUGGGUGGGAAGGCAGGCCUUUGCUUUCAUCUGUCAGGCGGUGGUGCAGGACGAGUGUAUGCCGGCCGAGCAGUUUGUCGCUCACUUACUGCCCAGUCUUCUAAGCUUGGCGUCGGACCCUGUGCCCAAUGUGCGAGUCUUACUGGCUAAGGCGCUUAAACAGACACUUCUGGAAAAAGCGUAUUUUACCAGCCUGGGUCAACCGCACUUGGAGGCCGUGGAGAAGACCGUACAAGCCAUGCAGCUGGAUAGAGACCAAGACGUCAGGUUCUUUUCUGCCACCGAGCCAAAACGACCCCUGAACAGCAGCACUUCCCUGGAGCAGUCCGUCGACUGAUUCUUGUCUGUAUGGGCUUUUCUCGGAUGUCUUCUCUCGACCCCCGCACAACAUUUUCUGUAAAUAUGAAUGAAUUCCACUCACAGAGCAAAUAACCCCAUCUUUCAAUGGCAUGAGGCGCGUUAUAUAGCCUUUCUUUUAAAGAUAUGGUUAAAGCAGAACUCCUCCCAAAACAGAUGUGUGUAGGGUGGAAUGGGGCAGGUUUUCUUCCUUGUUCCAGGUUCCUAAAUGGCUUCAAGACGCCAUCAUGAAGGUCC